AUGGUAUGGAGAUCGAUUGAGGUACGUGCUGCUGCAGCGAAUUUGAAUUACAUCCGCCUUGAUGGUAACAUUGGAUGCAUGGUAAAUGGUGCCGGUCUAGCAAUGGCCACUAUGGACAUCAUCAAGCUUCAUGGAGGAGAGCCGGCAAAUUUUUUGGAUGUAGGAGGGGGUGCUACAGUUGAUCAAGUUACAGAAGCAUUCAAGAUAAUCACUGCAGAUGAAAAGAAGGUACGUAAAAGUGGUUCGUUGGAAGUGGUUCGAGUAUGGCGAGUAAUCAGUAUCCAGUCGCGAGUCGUCAUGGAUCAUGAUAUCGCAUUCGCACUUGCUCCAUAUGAAUGGUAG